GACACAUUCAGUAGUUGGUAAGUGAGACCAGUAGGGGGUAGGAUCGUUUUCCCCUGAUCUCCAGCCUCCAGCAGCCCAAGUUCGGUCUCAGUGCUGCAUGAACGCACGGCGAGAGGGGGAGGACACUUCCCCUCUCCAGCAUCAAACGCGAGGGAUGCGCUUCAUCGCCUUAGGGGACUGGAUGGAUGGAGCGACAGGGUCAUGAAGGUGACCGCAACCUCUGGGUUGGAUUUAGGGGGCCGUUUCCGCAGAAGGAGCCUAUCCAUAAUUAAUAAGAACGAGUCGGAGAUCCUAGAACCGAAGCGCAACCACCGGCGAGUCAUGUCACCAACUGACAGCGCUUCCAGAGGAGCUGACGAGGAGGACAAAGGAGGAUGAAGGAGGCAGAGGAGGAUUAUAAUGAAGCUGAGUGGCAAAGGACUGUGCACCAUCGUCUCCAGCAGUCUGCUCUUCGUGUGCGCCGUGAGCGCCGUGGUCGUGGGAUUCAAAUGCAUCGCGUUGGGCUCCAGUGUGCAAGCGCACUUCCACCUGGCCACCGCGGCCGGCGCGUUUUACUCGGGCAUCCUGGUGACUCUCGGGCAGGUCCUGAUUGGGGUGGCGCUGGUCUUUUGCCGGGGCAAUCCCAGGUGUGCGAAUUUCUUUCUCUUUGGGAUCUUAGUGUUUCUUUUGGGGGUCCUGACGGCGUUCUCCGGUGCGGUGGUGGAUGGCGACACGGUGUCGCUGGUGGAGAGGAAGUACGCGCACUAUUGCCAGAACUCUGUGGAUGUAAACCCUGCGUGCGACCGGCUCAAAGUGUACCAGCGGGGUCUGGUGGUCUCCACUAUUCUUAACACUCUGGAGUGCCUCCUGGGGCUGAUGAACCUUGUUAUCAUCAAGCGUUACCAAACGGCGCAGUUUCACCGGAGACGCCGGACGCAGAGGCAGAGCGCGCGGAUCGUGCUGAACGAGGAGCGCGACUUCGCGGUCACGGAGUUCCAGCCGGUGUCCUACAUCAAUUUAGCGGUGUUUAGCGCGUUGGAGGGUGCAGACGGGGAGGUGCACAGCCGGGGCCACCCGUCCAUGGAGCUGCCGGGCUAUUCGCCCGCCAAUCCGGAGCUUAAUCACACGUACCCGUUUUCUUACCCGCUUCACAACGAGUUGCCACCUGCCUACGAGGACAUAUUCCCUGGAGAAGCGAGCAGCGAAUAGCAAAGAAGAGGAACCGAGUUGCAGUUUUGCAGUGACAAUCACGCAUUCGGCACGCUGAACUUGGAAUCGACACGAUUAUUUCUAUAUCACGGUGACCAGCUGUUGCCUAAAUGUACUUUUGAAUUCAGUGGAGGUUACAGCCAGCGCUCUGAACAAACCCUACACUUGUUCAUAAACUACGAACCCAUGAGAAGGUAAACGUACUGAAAGGAUUGAAUAUACAUGCAAU